AUGCUUAUUACUGGGCAUGACAGCAAAAAUCCUUACGGUACUGACUUACAAUGUGGCUGUGCACUAUCACCGUAUGGACAAGUGUCACCAGAAACUCCACUAUGGCUUCUUUUGCAAGUGGCACCCAUACGCAACGAACGGGAUUUGGUUGUAUUAUUUUUGCUCACAUUUCGCGACAUUACCGCCUUAAAGCAACCAAUCGACAGCGAGGAUACCAAGGGUGGUCUAUCAAAAUUUGCAAAAUUGGCACGUUCGGUAACGAGAAGCCGUCAAUUCAGCGCACAUCUGCCAACACUAAAGGAUCCAACGAAACAAUCUAAUCUGGCCCAUAUGAUGUCUCUAAGUGCCGAUAUUAUGCCACAGUAUCGUCAGGAAGCACCAAAAACUCCGCCACAUAUAUUAUUGCAUUAUUGUGCAUUUAAAGCAAUUUGGGAUUGGGUGAUAUUGUGUUUAACAUUUUAUACAGCUAUUAUGGUGCCAUAUAAUGUAGCUUUUAAAAAUAAAACCUCUGAAGAUGUUUCCUUACUUGUUGUAGACUCAAUUGUAGAUGUUAUAUUCUUUAUUGAUAUCGUUUUAAAUUUUCAUACCACAUUUGUGGGACCGGGAGGCGAAGUGGUUAGCGAUCCCAAGGUGAUACGUAUGAAUUAUUUGAAAUCGUGGUUUAUUAUUGAUUUGCUCAGUUGCCUGCCAUAUGAUGUAUUUAAUGCCUUCGAUCGCGAUGAGGAUGGCAUCGGCUCGCUGUUUAGCGCUUUAAAGGUUGUUCGCUUAUUACGUUUAGGUCGUGUUGUACGUAAAUUGGAUCGCUAUUUGGAGUAUGGUGCCGCCAUGUUGAUAUUAUUAUUGUGCUUUUAUAUGCUCGUCGCUCACUGGCUGGCAUGCAUUUGGUAUUCAAUUGGUCGCACUGAUGCGGAUAAUGGAAUACAAUACAGUUGGCUUUGGAAAUUGGCCAAUGUCACCCAAUCGCCGUAUACUUAUGUUUAUAACAAUGAUUCCAGCGCUGAAUUGAUAAAUGGUCCAUCACGUAAGAGUAUGUAUGUAACAGCAUUAUAUUUUACCAUGACCUGUAUGACUUCGGUGGGCUUUGGCAAUGUGGCUGCUGAGACGGACAACGAGAAGGUGUUCACCAUCUGCAUGAUGAUUAUUGCAGGUGCUGUGUUUUGACACGUUCCGUUGCCACGUCACUUAUUUAUGAGCUUAACGUUCGUCUUCGAUUCAAAAUACGUCGAUGUAUCAAAUUUUAUCAAAUUAUUUCAAAAAUUGCACUCUGUACCAAAAGCAUUAAGAGAAAAGAUUACAAAAUCACUUAACACAAAUUCUUGGUGGAAUACGCGCGGGGAUGGGGAUAAGGUACUAAACUAUUGUCCGAAAGAUAUGAAGGCUGAUAUAUGUGUUCAUCUAAAUCGCAAAGUAUUUAACGAGCAUCCAGCAUUUCGUCUUGCCUCGGAUGGUUGUCUUAGAGCGUUGGCCAUGCAUUUUAUGAUGUCCCAUUCAGCACCCGGCGACUUACUCUAUCAUACUGGCGAAAGUAUUGAUAGUUUGUGUUUUAUAGUGACCGGUAGUUUAGAGGUUAUACAGGAUGACGAAGUUGUGGCAAUACUGGGUAAAGGUGACGUUUUCGGUGACCAAUUCUGGAAGGAUUCGGCCGUUGGCCAGAGUGCUGCCAAUGUCCGUGCUCUAACCUAUUGUGAUUUGCAUGCCAUCAAACGUGAUAAAUUGCUCGAAGUUCUUGAUUUUUAUUCAGCCUUCGCCAAUAGUUUUGCACGCAACCUUGUGCUCACCUAUAAUUUAAGACAUCGACUGAUUUUUCGCAAGGUGGCCGAUGUGAAGCGCGAAAAAGAAUUGGCCGAAAGGCGUAAAAAUGAACCACAAUUGCCUCAAAAUCAAGAUCAUUUGGUGCGUAAGAUAUUUUCGAAAUUCCGACGUACGCCGCAGGUUCAAGCCGGCUCGAAAGAGGCCGUUUCGGGUCAAAGUGAUGUCGAGAAAGGUGGCGGCAGCGGUGGAGGUAGUGGUGGCGGCGGAGGCGGUGGAGUUGGAGGUGCCGGUACUGGUGGUGGUACCGUUACCGACAACGAAACCGAUCGCAAUAAGUUACCCGCCAAAUUAACAUUAACCGAGGACUCCCGCAUUUUAACCACUGCUGCUGCACCCUCACCCACGCCCUCUCCAUCACCCUCAUCGGGUCCACCAUCUGCGCGUAGUACGCGUGCUAGCAAAUGGGGACGCCUUCUGGGUAGUUCAAGUGUCGAUUCAGCUAGCGAUACUAGCGCCAAAGUAGCAGUCUCGAGAAGUUUGAGUGCCCGCGAAAGUCUGCGUGAGAGCACGGCCCAAGCGAGGCAGAGUAGUACUUCGAGUAGUAAUGGUGGACAAGGCAAUAAAAUAUUUCCAAAAGCUCCAAAACUUCAAGCUAGCCAAGCUACGUUAGCUCGCCAGGAUACUAUUGAUGAAGGAGGCGAAGUGGAAUCGUCACCGCCGAGCCGUGAUAGCAGAGUAGUUAUAGAAGGUAGCAGUACUCCAUCGGCCGGUAAUAUACCCAAAGAUCGAACUUUGGCCUUGGAGAAGGAGCGCCAAAUUGAAAUGGCUUCAUCGCGUGCCACCACGUCAGACACUUACGAUACUGGAUUAAGGGAACAACCACCCACGUUAGCUCAGCGAGACUUAAUAGCCACCGUUUUAGAUCUUAAGGUGGAUGUUCGCUUGGAGUUGCAACGCAUGCAACAGCGGAUUGGACGCAUCGAAGACAUGCUGGGCGAAUUAGUGAAACGUUUACAGCAAGAUUCUUCAGGACAAACUACACCCGGUGAUGAUAAUAUUUGUGUGUGCGGCGGCAGCGGCGGUGGUGGCAGUAGUGGUAUAGGUGGGGGCGGCAAUGCUAUGAUGGCGGCCAGUAGCAGCAGUGGCGGGGGCUUAGUUGGUAGACGCUCCGAGGGGGGUGCAAUUACUCAUUCGAACGCCCCGACUCCAGCUGCCGACACUGUGAUAACCAUUUCCACGGUUGGCAGCAGUGCUGCAACUUUGGCUACUACGGCGGCUGUAAACGCCACCUCGCUCACUACAGUUCAACCGGCAGCAACGGCAGUAGCAAGUUCAACAAAUCUGCUGAAUCCCGUGCAGAUGGUCACCAGUUCGGGUGGCAAUGGCCUAGGGCCGUUAAUGCUCAAAAAGCGACGUUCGAAGAGCAGGAAGGCACCCGCGCCUCCCAAGCAGGCCCAUCCGCAAACUGCUGCCGCGGCCGCUAUCUCUGUUCAGAGUCCCGAACAGCAACGGCUACUCGAAGAGGAUCCAACGGCCGCCUCAACCGCUGUGGCCACCACUGCUGUGGUUAGUACUAACACACCCAGCGGCACUGGCGGAGCCAUUACAUCAACAACAAUAACAACAACUGGCUCCAGUUCAGCAACUUCCGGAGGACGCACGAAACGUGAAUUUCUCUAGCCAAAAAUUCUAGUACGCCAUCAGUCCGAUAACAGCAGCUUCGAACAGUAAUAGCAAUCUAAAGCCCCUUCAAACGCUUCAAUGCUGUUGGCGUGCAUUUCUCUAAUUUCGCUUUUGAAUUGAAAAACGUAAAAAUUUGAAACAAAAAACAAAACAAAAAAAGAAAGAAGAAAACAAACAAACAAAUA